AUACAGAGGUUGCGUAUUUUGCCAGACAUUUUAUUUAAAACAGAAAUAUUCUGUUGAUCAAAGUGAACGGAACCGUUCGGUUGAUUUUUCUGUCGUCGCACAUAUUAGGGAAACAAAACGUUAACGAAACAGAAUAGCAGUGUCAACACUGGGUGCAUAUAAUACGUGAGACACAACAGUUUUGACCGAUACAAAUCCAGAUAACAAACUCAUCAUUCAGUUAAGCAAUAGUUGUUUUUUUUUUGAAGAAAAAAAAAAAACUCAGAGAAAAUUCGAAAAAAUCCAGGAAAAAAAAACAACGAUGAAAAAAAAAUUGACUCAGAAGGUGACAAACUACACUUCCGAUGUGUUUCAUUGAAUUUAUUGGACAAGAAAAAAAAAUCGCAUCGAACACACUGCACAGCCACACAAUCAGCAGGACGUCAUCUAUUCAAAUUCAUUGAAAUUUAUCGCUUCAACUCCUUCGAUGAAUAAAUUUAAAUGGUUAAAAACAGCUUGGUUUUUAUAUUUAAACGAGCGAGAUAAACAGAGUGUGUGUGUAUAUAUGUGCCUAAAAAGUGAUUGAUCUCGAUUUUGUUCGAUUUGACGAAGUGAGUGAUUCAAAGUGAAGUGAUUUUACGAGGAAAAAAAUAGACGAAAACAAAAAAGAAAAGAAAAGAAAAACACACACGGCAAUCGUGAAGCAUGCACAAUGAAUGAAGCCGUUCGGUGAAACAAAACAACAACAACGAAAAGAAAAAAGCGUAAAGUAAAGAUUUCAUUGACGAAGUCAAAUCUCGGCAGGGUGUUGUUUAUGCAAACUCACUCAGUCUAAUUGAUAAACAAGUGAGGAAUCAGUUCGAAAUUCCGUAAAUAGUAAACAAUCGAAGAGAGAAUAACAACAAUAAACUGUCGACUGUCAGUAAAGAAAGAGACACAAUUUUUGCAUGCAGAUAAGCCGAUUUGUAGACAAUAAACGAUUAAGAGAAGAAAAAAACGAGUCAAAGCUUUGUGUCAAUAAAAACCGACGUGGACGAGACCGAAAUACAUUUUUAACCAGCCGAUCAAAAAUAAAAUUUCGUGUAAUCUUACAUUCGAUUUGAUUGAGAACAAGCACAACAGUGAAGUAAAUAAGAAACAGAGAAAAAAAGAACAAAACACACCCGGAAAAAGAGAAGAAACAGACACACAUGUCUUUUUUGUUGCACGCAUCAGCAAUCUUCCGAAAAAGACAAGAAUUUUUUGUUUUCCUUUAGCGCAAGUAAAACCAGUUUGUGCUCUGUUCCUUUCGCGUUCCGCAUGAAUUUCGCGGAGACAUUAAAUAAGGAAACAAUUUGCUAGUGAGAUAGAUAAAUCGCGCGCGCGUCUCGCUCUCUUUUUGUUAAACCCGGUGUGUAUAUGUAAUAGAUAAUCGUUGUGUGAGUGGGCUGUAUCAAAUGACCGUAUGACCGACGUCGUUUUUUCGAUUCAAUAUCUACAUACAGCAUUAUUAUCGGUGUACGCGGCUCAUUCAUCUAGAGCAUUUCAAUUAAUUGCAAUCUGGUGUUUUCAUUUUGGUCUAUCAGUGUCUGUAUAUUCCUGAAACGAUAUAAAAAUAUCCGAACAUACAAAACGGAGAGAAUAAAUAGCAGAUAAUCAGAGAACGCUCGCUACGGUUAUUUUUUAUUCGCCCGCUCUUGUUCUAUUCGCCGGGUCAUAGAAAAUUGCCUGGAAUUGUUUUGAAUGACAAAAAAAAGUACAUCGUCAGCGGCAGAAAAAAAUCAUAUUGUUGCAAAUUGACGGCACAAACACGAAACGACACAAUAUCAUUUCGGUGUUGCCUGUGUGUUCAUUGUUUUUACACACACAAAAAAAAUCGCCGAGAUUGCUGUUUGCACAUACACACACACACGCAGGAAAAAACCCGGUGUUAUUGAGAGCCAGUGACAAUACAAAAUUGAGUUGUUUCAACGAAAUCGAGAUUGCUUUUUUCGCAUACGUUUCUCUGGCUCGUAGAAAUAAUCCAGCCGAAAAAGAAAGCAUUGAUACAGAUACAAAAAAAAUCUGUAGUCGUUCAGCAGCAUCAGCAGCAAGCAACACACAUCAACAUCAAACAUCCGGCAAAAUGGAUAAAUCAUUUGAUUGUUUUAAAUUCUGCAUUGGUUUCAUUUCAUUACGAAGCGUUCAGCGAUCAACAGUGAUGAUUUUGCACGAAUAGAAAUCAAGGCAAAUUGAAGACAAGUAACAAACACACAGAGAAAAAAAUCCGCACACGAAACAUAUAUAGAAACGUCGAUUGAAUCGAUUUGAAGGAGAAAGAAGUGAGUAAGCAAAAAGAGAGACUCUUACGAACAACAAAUAAAAGUGACCGAAAAUAAAACAAGUUAAAGCAAUCUCAGUGAAAUCGAACAAAAAAGAAUCUAAGCAGAAACAUUAGAAUCAUCUUCGAAAGACGACACCCAACAACAACAACAACAAAAACUCACACACAACGAAAAUGAAUGAAUUUGUGACGCCACAUUCAUUGCGAAGCGUGUUAAAAAUUUACCAAGACAGUGCAACAAAGAGUUUGCAGGGUCCUGGCUCUUCGAUUGUCGUCCAUUCAUCGUCGUCGACGGCGAUGAAAAAAGAAAUCCCAUCACCAGAUCUCCGCGAUGAGCCACACACGCCGGCUCCACCGCCAUUGCAACCACCCGAAAUACCACAACCAGUGCUAUCGGCCGCCGAUACCGGUCGCAGCGUACUCUACGAAACCAUUUUGGAGGGCAAACAAAUUGGAUGCUUUUUGCUGGGCGGCGAAAUGCGCCUAUGCUUUCCACAAGUGUUGAACAAUGUACUGAUGGACUUUGGUUUGGAUCAAAUCAAUCGCAUCUUCGAUGAAUUACGCAUUUUCUGCUCACAAUGCUCACCCGAUCAAUUGAAUCAAUUCAAAGCCGCCAAAAUUCUACCCGAAGACGUCAACACAUCCGGUUUGAUUACGCGCACCAAUGCCGAACGCCUGUGCAGUGCAUUGUUGCAUCGUGGCGAUCGGCCGGUUAUUGCAAAAAAUGCCAUUUCAUUUCGGGUAAUUCAUCGAUGCUUUGGCAAAUGCGAAGGUGUUUGCACACCAGAACUGUACACAUACAAAGAACCAGCGUGCAUUCGAUGCAUCGAAUGCAAUCUCAUGUUCUCACCGCAACGUUUCGUAUGCCAUGUCCAUUCAAAUCAAGAAAACAGCACAUUGCACUGGGGCUUCGACUCAAACAAUUGGCGCGCUUAUUUACAAGUCACCGAAGACGAAGAGAAUCGCGAAAAAUACACCGCAUUGCUGGACGAGCUGCGAGAACGGGAACAACGCGAACGCGAUAUGUUGAUCGCAUUGAAUGUUCAACGGGAUGUCAGCAAUCUCAAACGAAAGGCACCUGAAAUCGAAGAGACGUCACUACGACCACCGUGCAAACGAGAACCGUUGGACAUUCCGUUGAAAAAGGCGAAAUUAUUCGAAGACAAACUCAUCAUGGACUAUCAGUAUCAAGUGCUUAUGGCUCAAUAUCAGCGUCAAAAUGCGUACCAUGGCUUUCGGCCGUGGACCAGUACAAUCGGAGCACCACCCACAAAACAUUUACCUCAUUUGCCAUUCACCGUGUCAACAGCGUUACCGUAUCUCAGCCAAGAGCCCCCAAUUCUACAAAAUCCGGAACGUGUUGUUCGCAUCAGCGAAUGUGAACGCUAUGAACAAUCCUACCAACCGAAUGUGGCGCUGGCGCCACGAAAUGGUAGCACCAAAUCAUCAUCCACCACCGGCAUUAAAAUGGAUACUGAGCAUGGUGAAUAUGAGAGCAGCGAACGAGAUGCAAGAGAUUGUCCAUUGGCGAUGGAUAUAAAAAUCAAGGAAGAACGGCCGCAGACACCCGCUGAUGAAUCACAUUCGCCCGAAUCAUGCAUUACAUCUGGAGCCACCAGUGUUGUUAAUACAAAGAAUAACAUCGACUCAACGCCAAAUGCUCCGCCAAUCAGUCCCGAAGGCCAAUCAGCAUCAUCAAAUGAAAUCACAUCAUCGACAUCUCCCGUACCUGCUGCUGCAUCGAUAACCACAUUUGAUAAGCUAAACGAUGCGACACAUUCGCCGAAAACAAUAACGCCGCCAGUCAACAAUCACCAUCAUCAUCAUCAUCAUCAUAUAAAACAGCUAAUCGAACGAUCUCACCAUAAAGAUAUUGACAACCAUCAUCAUCACCAUCAUCAUCGUGCACAACAGAACGGCACAUUCGACAGUCGGCUGUAUUUUCAUCCGUACAAUCGUUACAAAUUGAAUGGUCUCAGUUCGGAAUUUGAGCUAUCAACCGAUACGGACGAUGAUAGUUUGGUGGGUGAGGCGGACAGCAGUAAUCAUUCGUCACCGUUGGACAUUGCAAACGAAGCACUGAAAGACGUCGAUCCAAAGGAUCGAGACAAAGUGUUGAACAUUAUCAAAAUGUUGUUGCACGAAAACCUGCAGAUCAGUUUGAAAAACGCGAAUUUGUUGCGUGAAUUGCAGCGCAAAGACGAUGAAAUCGCCGAUAUGCUGCAAGCCAAUCGUCGCACAACCACCACCACCACCAGCAGCAGCAGCAACGGUAACAAUUUUUUGACGAGCAGCCGCAGCGAUACAUCGAGCACCAAUAGCAAUGACGACAGCACAAAGUGUCCGAGCGAAAGUGACGAAUCAAAAGCAGCUGAUGAAUCGCCAGUGGUGGCCGUUCGCAAAAGUAACGAUGACAAAGACAAAGACAAAGACAUGGAUACGGCCAAAGCAGCCAUUGCAAAAUGUGGCGAUAGUGUAACCAUUCAUGUGCUCGACUCGACCAAAGCCAAAGCCGAUGAAUCGCCAUCGUCGCAUGAGUACAACAAUAAGCUUCAAGAAUCUGCCGCGGCCACGAUCAUUGUAACCAAAACAGUUAUCGAAGUUGGCACACCGAAAACCAACAACGAUACCACCAAUAUUGUUGAUGUGAAACCGUCACCGCCAGCAGCACCCAUUACAAAUGGAACGACGACGACAAACACGAUUUCAAGUACAAAAUUCGGUAGCGCCAAAAGUGAGACCGAAGUCAUUCGGAUGCCAUUGAAGAAGUCAGUACGACGCACACCAACGACCGACGACACAGCACCAGUUACAGCAACGGCAGCCGCUGCAACAGUGGUUGUCAUGCAGCCACAUAAGCUGCGUGACGAGGCUCGCGAUAAAUCAUGUGAUAAAUUAGACAAAAUAUCGCGAACAUUUGAAAAGAAUUUGCGCUCAUUAUCACCGCCACCAACAGCAAAUUUAGUGACUGCCAAAGCUACGGAAUAGACACAUACUGCAUCAAGAAUCAAUCAACAUUGGUCGCGAACUAAUUUCGAAUCACCAUCCCGCGUGUGCACGCACGACAUGGUUAAUUUUUAAAUGCAAGAAGAAAAAAAAACAUGAAAUAUAUAAAAUACAUUUAGCUAUACUACACACAUUGUAUGGAAACACUUCUGUAUGAAACAGAAACCAAUUCAAUGACUAAAGGAUUUUAGUUAGAGAGAUGAAGAUGAGAACGAGAGAAUGACGAUAUCGCACGAAAAUAUUGACACAAUUCAAAGAAUGCUCUAUUUAUUUUCGUGUGUAUUUUUCUUUCGUUUCUUUUUGGUUUAUUUGAACGACAAUUUCUUCUUCUUUUUUUCUAUUUGCUAAAUACAUAAACGAUGAUGAAAACAUUUUGCAAAGCGAAUAAAAAAAAUGGACAUCCCACCAGAUGAUUUAUUCAGUUGUUUCCGAAAUUGCAAUUUUUUUUUACUUGUAAAAAAAAAUACGAUAUACUUGAGAAGAGAGAAAAAAAAAGAGAAAUUUACACCUUGUAAUGAUCACUAAGUGAUUUAAAUUUGUUAGCCUUUAUUAUUGAUAAUAAUUUUAUUCAUCUUUUUCUUGUACGAAUUUUUUUUUUUUGCUUUUUCGUUGGUUUUUCAUUCUUAUUUUUUUUUGCCCUGUAUUUGUCUCUUUUAAUUUCGUACAUUGUUUUUCUUCUUAUUUUUUUCAAUAAUGAUAAGAUCAUUUUCGUUGCAUAGCAUUUUAAGGCCCAACAAAGAUUAAGUAUAAAGAAUUAAGAUUAAAAUAAACAAACAAUUUAAUAUGAUAUAAAAUAUAUAUAUUAAAGAUUAAAAAGAAAUACUACACGCAUAAAUUUUCAGAGUUGUAAGCCAAUCAAAGAUGAAAAAAAACACACACACAUUUUCCGAAUUCAAUCUAAUUGAAGAGAAAAAGUGGUGAAGAAGAACCGAGAAAAAAGUACAUGCGACAGAAAUUGUGGACCAACUACUGAUGUGUCCACACAAAACGGAAGAGUAAACACAAGCAGCAUGCGACUGUAUAUUAAAAAUAAAUUACAAAUAAAUCAUCUAUUUACUUUUACAUAUAUAUUUGUUAGUCGGUCAUUUGUGUGUGCAUGUAAUUACUGCAAAAUGAAGAGAGAAAAAAAACCAUUUUUUUUCUUCUCGCUCUCACUCUUUUUUUCAUACACAUACAACAUUAUAUAAUAAUGUUUUAUUCAGUUUUAAUUAAAUAUUCAACAAACAAACAAACAAACAAAGAAUUAUAUAUAUAUAUGAAAAACAUUGUGUAUCUACGCCGGCGCCCAAACCAUUCACUUCAUUUACAAAUAGAACGUAACCAAAAUGAUUGAUUGCAAUUUUAAAUGUGCUUUUAAGGACUGCGCAAAUACCGAAAUUAUCUGCAUGAAAAUCAACAAUUGGAUGAAAUUGCAUUAAAUUAUUAUCGGCGAAGCGAGCAAAACAAACAGAGAGAAAACAUGUUGUGAAUACAUAGUCAAUGUUUGUGUCACGAUUCGACAGAAAAUCGCGACGAUAAUAUCCUGCGAGAAUCAAAUCUGAUUGCUUCAACGUGAAGUAAAAUUGGAUUUUUCUUCACUCGAAUCCAGGAUAUUAGGGACUUAUUGAGAAAAAAAAACAACCUAAAAAAAGCAAUUUAUAAACCAAAUCCAAACAAAAUGAAGAAGAAAAAAACUGCAAAAAAGAGUAUGAUUUACAACAAAAAAUGACAGAAGCACAAUAAAAACUAACAAAAAAAUUAUUUAGCAUAUGACAUACGAAUAGGUCUACGCAAAUGGAGAAUAACAUAACAUUUACAUUAUAUGAAAGAAAAAUGAAAACAACUAUGGCUAUAUGAGCAUUAAACGCAUAAGUUUUAAUUUAUAAUUGCAUAUUACGAUAAACAACACACACACAAACAACUAUUAGAAAUAGUGGGAACAUCAACAACAACAAAACUUUGUAAAAAAAACGCUAAUCAAUUAAAAAUAAAACAAGCAUCAAAAUAUUA